UUACGCUCAAAUCUGGCAUCACUGGCGCUAUUGCAAAAGUUGAUUUCGAAUAGUCUCGAAUUGACCGGUACGCGUGUAAUUAUUUGUGUUCAUUCGUGCUCCGGAUUUUCUUGGACAAAACGGUGGAUAGAAGGUGCUUCAACGUAUAACAAGUGCUCAAAAGUAUUUCAUUUUGUGAAAAAAUGGCCGAAAUAGAUUUGUCUCCGGCCCAGGACAGAGGUGUAUUGAAGGAAAUUAUCAAGGAAGGCACAGGAGAUGAGACUCCCACUAAUGGCUGUAAAGUUAAAGUUCAUUACAUUGGCACUUUACUAGAUGGAACAAAGUUUGACUCUAGCAAGGACAGAGAAAAGCCAUUCAAAUUUGAUCUUGGACGUGGUAGCGUUAUUAAAGCAUGGGAUAUCGGUGUGGCUACUAUGAAAAAAGGUGAAAUUGCUAUACUUACUUGUGCUCCUGAAUAUGCCUAUGGCAAGAAUGGUAGUCCUCCAUCAAUUCCACCUGAUGCUACAUUAAAGUUUGAAGUUGAAUUGCUUGACUGGCAUGGAGAAGAUCUAAGUCCAACUAAAGACAAAAGUAUUGAAAGAUACCAGAUUACUUCUGGAAAGCAGUAUGCUAAUCCAGAAGAAGGUUGCCAAGUAAAUGUGCACUUGAUUGGAAAGUACAAUGGAAAAGUGUUUGAGGAGAGAGAUGUAGAAUUCACUCUUGGAGAGGGAGAGAUUGUGGGAAUUGUGGAGGGUGUAGAAAUUGCACUGCAGCGUUUCUUGAAUGGAGAGAAAUCCAGACUUUUAAUUAAAAGUAAAUAUGCAUUUAAGGAAGAAGGAAAUACUGAAUUUAACAUUCCACCAAAUGCAGAUGUGGAAUAUGAAGUGGAAUUGAAAAGCUUCGAAAAGGAAACGGGAGUAUGGGUAAUGAAUACAUCCGAAAAGUUAGAACAAGCAAAGUUACAGAAAGAAAAAGGAACAAAAUAUUUUACUUGCAACAAACUCAAUUUAGCCAUCAAAGUGUACCUUAAAGUUUUCAAGUAUUUAGAUACUGAUUUUAAUGAUGAAGAUAAAGUGGAGAGGAAUCGUAUUGCGUUAGCAACACACUUAAAUCUAGCUUUAUGUUACUUAAAAACCGAUCAAAAUCUCUUGGCAAGAGACGAAUGUACCAAGGCUUUAAAUCUGGAUUCUAAAAAUGAAAAAGCUUUAUUUAGAAGAGGACAAGCACAUCUUGGGCUUGCAUCGCCUGAAAUCGCUAUUAAGGAUUUCCAAGAAGUUCUAAAUGUACAACCGAAAAAUACAGCCGCGACUAAACAAAUCGUAAUUUGUAAUAAACUUAUUAAGAAGCAAUUAAGUAAAGAGAAGAAGCUUUAUGCGAACAUGUUUGAUAAGUUUGCACAGGAAGACAAACAGAAGGAGGAGCAAAAACUGAAGGAACUGCCAGAUGUGAUGCGCGGGACUCUAGGAGAAUGGGGACAGGAGGAAAGACCUGGAGGUAGAGAUGCGACUGCCUUUGAAAAGGAAAAUCCUAACAUACUUAUGCUCAAUGCUAACGGUUCCGGUGAAUUCAAAAACAUGUAAACAAUGACUUCUUUUUCUACAUUGCCUGAUGUAAACUGCCAGUACACAGAAAAACUUA